AUCAAUUAUGGAGUGUUUAUGAAUGAACACGCGGCUUGCCUCGCCAUCGACCAUUUUAUCAAAGCAGAAGACUUUGGAGGCGCGGCACGACUUUCUGCGUGGGUAAUGCAACAAGAGAUGACGGAAAAUGAGCUUUUAAAUCUCCUCGUUUUGUAUUCUUGCACAAAGUGGGCGGAGUUGCCUUCAGAGAAACAGGUCAUGCCUGCUGAGACAACUGAAGAAGAAGAUGUCAGCGACGACGACGUGGUAGGUUAUAUGAGCUGGUAUUGA